UGUGCCUAGUAUAUGCAGUAAAAUUCAAAGUCAAGCCUAUUCUAGACUAUAUUUAAAGGCUAUACUGCAUGCCUAUACAAAGAACAAUCCCUACUCUAGCUAAAAGUCCGCGUGUUUAUAGCCAUCGCCCUUCAUGGCUAUGGUGGAAAUGGAUGUAUUUAUAUCAUAUAAUACCAACGUAUAUCGUAAAUAAUGUACAUCACUACGCUUUAUAUUUUUACGCCUCCACGUUUGUUGUUCAUCCGUUGGCAUUUGGCGUUGCCCUGAUCCGGAUAUACCUGAUAAUGACGUCUUAUAACCUAAUGCAUGCCUUUAGCUUUGAUUUCAAAUACACUUCCGUUCGAAAAGGGAAGUUCCCGUCGCAUUUAUAUAACUAGAAUUAGAACCAUGCAGCCAACCAUUCUAGUUUGACGCGCAAGAGAGAAGGUUGAGGAAAAAGAGCAAGGGGAUUUUUGGGGACUUUAGGAAUGGCUUCCUUUUUCGGAAUUUUUAGAACUGACUCUCCGACUCCUUUUGGAAUACAAACAGGAAUUGGAUGCUUUAUUGAUUCUAAAGCUGGCACAAUCGUAUCCACGAUUGGCAUGAAACUGGAAAAUGAAAUGGUGAAAGUCAGAGUGAAUGAAAAAGCAAUAACUGAUUGCGAGUCACUAAAACAGACUUUAGACAGCAGCAAUAGCAGCAGUAGCAUUGGUAGCAAUAACAGUAGCAAUAACGGUGAUUCAGAUGGAAAGGAAUCAGGUAACUCGAGCGAUUCAGGAACGAUCCAGGACUCUGCUGAUGGCGAUGAAUGCCAAGAUGGGGUGAAAAUUAGAGAUGGAGUUUUGGUUAAAGACAUUCAACGUGGAACAUAUUCCCAUGGCCUUGGUUUGAGGGAUGAUGACAUCAUCUUAUCACUCAAUGAUCAACCUGUAAAAUCUGCAGCUUUUGUUGUCGUCUUCGUACAACGCGUAAUAGACAGCAGUAAAACGGGCAAAUUAAGAAUGGAAAUUUACAGAAAAGAGAAAGGAUUGAUUGUGUUGGAUAAUGGCGGGAACGAUCUAUGCAGCUUGGAUGAUCAUGAACUCACGCGGAUCCAUUGUACUACAAACAGAAUGAAAAGCGUCAGAUUCCGAGGAAAAUAUCUCAUAGUAAAGUCCGGAGAUACGAUCACUUUAAGCAAAUUUAGAACGCCUCAAGAGGAUAAAUUGUUUAUACUACGACAUUAUGUGCCAAGCAUUUUAUCUGGGGAACCAGAGAAAUUAAUCGUAACAAUGCAGCACAAAACCAGUGGAAAAUAUUUAUGGGUCGAAAACGAAAAAAUUUCUUUGAAGGAUCCACCGCCUGCAGAUGGACCAACUUUGCCCGGAAACAGCAAUUACCUUUUUGAUGUUAUCAAUGCGGAACUUUCCGACAACAACACUAAAACCUUCCAACCAGUUAACUGCAGUGAACAAGCAUUGGGUUUUAAAAGGCCGACAUCAUCUGCUAAAUUGAUGGAUGCAACGAAAAAAAAAACUUUUUUCGAGAUAUUUACUGUCAAAGACCACUGUUGAUAGUUCAGUUUUUUCUGAUAAGUCGAUAAAUGACUUUAUGAAAAUAGAUUGUAGAACUGAAUGACGUGUCCUCCAACGUACAAAGAGAACAACCCGGAGAGCAAAAGCCUUCUUCGUCAUAUAUAAUAGGCAAAAAUAGAAAAGUUAAGAAAUGCGAUUAUACAUGAACUUGCCGCGUAAGCACUAGCCGGCUCGUAGAAAAUAAAGUACGUUAAGUUCUCUUGCUACAACAUAGACCAGUGAGCCUGGGGCCGUUUGUGUACAAGGGUGCACAUCAAGCAAAUAUCUGCGGGGGUUUCUAAACUCUGCAUGGGACCGACUUUUGUUGUGUUGUAAUAAUUUUGAUAGAAAGAGCCUCCAUUAAGGCAUAUAUUUUACAAGUAUAUGCUGAGACGUACAACGUCAAAGCUGCAAUAAUUUUUGAAAUAUAUUUUGAAAUG